AUGCGAGGAACUAAGCGAAGCUUCCGCCUCGGAGUCGACAGAGCAGAACUCUACCUGGACGAACCUUACUGCAACGUCAACCACGUCACAGGCAAGACAUGGUUGACUGCAGAUAAGAUUCGCUACGUCACCGAAAUUGCCAACAAGUACUAUCAUCUCGUCUUCUUUACUUCACCUUUCCAUCCGACACUUCAACCAAUCGAGCAUAUUUGGGGGAUUGUCAAGGGGCGCAUCGCAAGGACGCCUCCAAAAAGCGGCGCCGAUGUUGUCAAGAAGGUACUUCAAGGUCUGGAGGAGUGCGAUGACGAGUGGCUGAAGGCUUACCUCCACGUCCAGAAGAACGAGGAUGCCUACAUCAAGCCUGAUAGGCUUAAACUGCUAAAGAUCACCUUUAUAAAUAUAUAUACUUUUCAUUCGCGAUCUCAUCUUGCUGUUGAUCUGCACAUCAUGACGCGACACAACGAUUGA